AUGUUCCACGUCCCAUGUUCCACAUUCCAUGUGCCACGUUUUACAUUCCAUGUUCUGUUCCAUUCCAUGUACCACAUUCUGCAUUCCAUGUUCCAAGUUCUAUUUUCCACGUUCUACGUUCGAUGUUCCACGUAUCAUGUUCUAUUCCAUUCCAUGUUCAACAUUUUAUUUUCCAUGGUCUAUGUUCAACGUUCCAUGAUCCACAUUCUAUGUUCCAUGUUCCACAUUCCACGAUCCGUUCCAUUCCAUGUUCUACGUUUUAUGUUCCAUGUUCACAUGCUACAUUCCAUAUUCCAUGUUCUACAAUCCACUUGCCAUGUUCUGUUCCACGUUCUACAUUCCAUGCUCCAUGUCCUGUUCUAUUCCAUCCAAGUUCUAUUCCAUUCCAUGAUCCACAUUUUAUAUUCCUUGUUCUAUGUUCCAUAUUCCCUGUUCCAUGUUCUGUUCCAUUCCUUGUUCCACAUUCUACGUUCCAUGUUCUACAUUCCAUGA